CUGCCCACGCAUCUUUCUAUCUGGCGAACGCACCGUCAAUGUCUAGCCUCUCUUUCUGAAUUUUUUUAACACUUUUAUUUUCUUUUUUCCUUUCUGUUAGAUUUUCCAACCCUCUAUUUCCUCAUCCUGAUACAUAGUCUCUCUCCUUUCAGAUUUGCUGUGAAAUUUUGUAAUUUUGCUCCCUUCCUCGCUCUCUCCCUUCUGGAUGUCAGACUUUUUUGCUGCAUGUUAUAAAUGCACAGCUCAUCCAUGCCAUCGCAAAUCCAGCGGGAUUCCGUGUUUUUUCUCUAUGGGAGGUUAAGGAGUAAAACUGAAGACGGAGGAAUCAAACAUUUUAGUGCAGGAAGAAGAAACUCUCACAUUGUCCAGUGUGUGAGGACACGGGAACAAUGUUGGUCUUGCAACAUGAUUCGCUGUGAGGGGCUCAAGGAGACGAGAACCUGAGAGGGAACUGCUUCAAUGGCGUGGACUGAGCCUCGGUCUCAUCAAGACCCACAGCCAAAACCAAAACUGAAACUUUACCAUCUCAGAACUCACUCUGCUUCUUUAUCAGCUCUCUUUUUCCUCAUGAUUGCUGCCUUUGCUGGCAUCUGUACAGCUGCUCCACCGCGGCCAGCCUUCCCCCCUCUCCUGUCUGGACAGCCUUUUAUUAUCUUCUGGGGUAUCCCUGAUUCUUCCUGCUCUGGUCGGCCAGAUCCCGGCUCUUUCGGGAUGGAACGGGACAGCCGUGUAGCUGUCUUUUAUGAAGAUACAUUGGGGAACUACCCUUACUUUGUAGAUAUAGACACGCCAAUAAAUGGGGGACUACCACAGCACACACGGCUGGAAACUCACCUCCAGAAGAUGAAGCAGGACUUAGAGGAAGCUCUACCUGCCCCAAGGUACCUUGGUCUGGGGGUACUGCGUUGGGGUGAGUGGGUCCCUCAGUGGUCACGGAGUCGAGAGAAGCAAGCGUUAUAUGUGGAGGCAUCAAAGAAACUGCUCAAGGGUUUUUUUCCUAACUGGACCCCUGCAGAAGUGGAGAAGUGGUCAAAGGUGGACUUCGAGGCAGCAGCCCAGUCAGUAAUGAUGGAGACGCUACGGGAGGUCAAAAAGUUAAGACCCAAAGCAUUAUGGGGCUUUUCCCCUUACCCUAGCUGCUACAAUAGCGACCCAACUCAAACCAUGUUAGCCAAUUACACCGGCCAGUGCCCCCCUGCAGAGAUGGCUCUUAAUGAUGAGCUUUCAUGGCUAUGGAAACGAAGCUCUGCCCUCUACCCUCUCCUCACCCUGGAGAAGCUGCAGAGUGGGACACCUGGAGCCAGACUUUUUUUAUCCAGUCAAAUAAAGGAAGCACUACGAAUAUCUUCUGCAAGCGGGGCAGAGUUUGACCUUCCAGUAUUUCCUCUUGUUAAGAGUGUUUAUGCCUCAACUAACACUUUUUUAUCACAGGCUGAUCUGGUCAGCAGCGUAGGAGAAAGUGCUGCCAUGGGAACAGCAGGAGUUGUCGUGUGGGAGAGAAGUGAGAUUAAAACAGAGAGAGAGUGCCAGGAACUGGCUGAGUUUGUCCGUAAGGUCCUGGGACCCUACUCCAUCAAUGUUACCACAGCAGCUCGACUCUGCUCAGCCUCCCUUUGUCAAGGAAGAGGUAGAUGUGUCCGUCAAAAUCCAGAAAGCUCUGCCUAUCUCCAUCUCCCACCUCCAUCCAGAGUGGCUGAAAAGUCUCAGGUGGAGGCAGCGAAAGCCACGGAUCUGCCGGACACAGACACUAAGACAGCUGAACCGGAUCCAGCUGAAACCUGGAAGAAAGACUUCCAGUGCCAGUGGUAUAAGACAGAAGACCAGGAUGUCUUAGACCUGCAGUCUCCCAAAGAUGGAGUGUCUCUUGGAGGAACACUGGAAGCAAAUGCUGGAGGUGUAACAGAGACUACAACAACUGCCGCAACAAAACGUGCCUCUGUGACAGAAUUUAGUGGGAGUAGCACAGCUGGUACUGGAAUUCCAGCACCUUCACUGGAAGCAUCGACAGAUAAGGGUACCAAUCCCCCAAGUCCCCCAAGCAUCACCGUUUUGCUGUUGCUGGUGGUUGGAAGCCUAAGCCUGGAACCUUAAAUUUUGAACUGAACAGCCUUCCUCUUGGAGGACUGCAUCAAAACCACAUGUGUGAGCCCUUCUGAAGUGCCCUUGAGCAAAACAUCCAAACCCUGCCAGGUGCAGACAAUUAACCAAGUGUGUGAUCUGAAUGGUGCAUCAUUAAGAAAAGGACAAACUAUGACCAGAGCUGAGGGUGAAGACCUACCACUGGUUGUGCCAACAGAUUCAGGUUACACUGACUGGUUGGAUUUAAAGAGAAAUGACUAAUAAGCCAGAAAGUCAUCCAACCUCGCCACGCACUGGUAACGUUUGUAAAACUGCUUUGAGGUUUGUCCGUGCAUGUGUGUAUGGCCAGAGAAGGCCCAAAAUACUCUGGCUCCCCUUGUAUUUCAAGAAAUGAGUCAUGUUAAAGGGCUGGUUCAAAAAUAAAUGUUUUAUUUUAUCAUGAAAUAAAAGAACAGAAGA